AUGAGUGUGGCGUAUCCCUGUAAUGAAGCGAUCAGUGCAAACUUUGGUGUAUUUUUGGCAUUGGCUGUUCUGCCUUUUCACAUUCUGCUUCUGUUUACACUGGCAAAAGAUACAUUGUUCAGUUUACCACGUCAUAAGAUUUUGUUUAGCCUGUCGUUGUCUCACGUACUACAAAUUGGUAUCUCCAACAUCAUUUUCCUGGUGAUAAAAGCAUUUUCCAUGAAAUCACACGAGACACAAUGCAUAGCGAUGCGAAGAUGCAUACAAUUCAUUGCCCCUCUAAACUUAGUCGUGACGAGCUUAAACCUGAUUGCUUUGUCAGUUGAACGGUAUGUCGCCUGUGUUCAUGGUCUUCGAUUUCAUCAAAUUGUGACCAAUGGACGAGUUACCGCUGCUUUGGCUCUGAUAUGGAGUCUUGGAUUCAUACUUGCAGCAUUUAACUUCGCGAUUAUCAGACCGGCGCCAACGAUCGAGGGGCAAGCAUUCCUUAGUGAGACCCCGCUUUUACGAGUAAUAGCUUUCGUUGUUGAGAUUCCUACUUGUUUAACGCUAAUCGUGAUACAAGCCAAACUCUUGGCAGUCAGCAGAAAAAAGCUGUUGGUGGUUCAGCCAGGAGUUUCGACUAGUAGCCAAGCAGAGCAAAGAGGCCUCUGGAAAAGGCAGUUGAAGAUUGCAUUUGUUGCUGGCAUGGUGGUUGUUACUUAUUUAGUUUGCACCUUUCCGGGAGCAUUGAUAGCUCUCCAGACUGUUAUUACUUACGGUACGCUGCCUGUCGAUAAGUACCACUUCACUUUAGUGUUGUGGAUGGCAAAUGCUGUUACAGAUCCAUUUAUCUACGGUUUCGGAAUGAGAGAUACUCGGCUAGCUCUCAUCAAGCGGGCAAAGAGAAUAUUUUCCGCGCUGUUUUGUUGUCUACAUUCAUCGUGA